ACAUUUUGGAAUAUAUUUCAUAGAACAUGAAUAAUAUUGUGCAGUAUAUUGUAGUCCGCAGCGACUUGCGUUCCGCCCUUAGUUGGCCCUUGGGGGCGGUGAUCGCCCAGAGUUGUCAUGCCACAGCCGCCGUCAUUCACCUGAAUUCCGAGGACGCCGACACUUUGGCCUACUUGAACGAUUUGGAUAAUAUGCACAAAGUGGUGUUGGAGGCCAAAGAUGAGAGUGCUCUGGUCAAGCUCAGCGAAAAGUUGAAGGAGAACGAGAUUAAACACAAGUUGUGGAUCGAACAGCCCGAAAAUAUCCCAACCUGCAUCGCCUUGAAACCCUAUGUUAAGGACACGGUUCAUAAAUAUGUCAAGCACCUAAAGCUUUUAAAAGAGUAAUACAUUAUUGUUGUAUAUUGAUACUAAAAAUGUAA